AUGGAAGAAGGGCUGCGCUACGAAGCCCUACCCGGCGACGGCCACGCCGCGGACGGAGCAGAAGGCAGUGACGGCCACGCCGUCGACGGAACAGCAGGCGGCGACGGCCACGCCACCGACGGGGCAGAAGGCGGCGUGCCCGCGACGUCCCUGGGCGAUCGCGAGCAAGCUAUUCUGUCGUCGUCGAUCCUCAGAUUAAAUGCUCCUUCUGCGAAUCAUGAUGUUGCUUGUGAUCGUGGAGAAGAGGAACAACAAAUACCACAUGUUGGAGCAGUGGAGAUUGAAGUACCAAAUGAGGAUGUGGUUGAUAAAUAUGCUGAGAUGGCACCUAAAGUUGGAAUGACUUUUGACUGUGAGAAAAAAGCUUAUGAGAUGUACAAUAUCUAUGCUGGACUUGUUGGCUUCAGUGUUAGAAAGAGCAGGACGAAGCGCCGCAAAUCAGAUGAUAGUUUAUCUCAGAAAUAUUUUGUUUGCAGUGGCCAAGGACUUCGGAAAAAUGAGGCAUCACAAAAAGAUAUUACAAGGACCGGUUGUGAUGCUCGUGUCUAGUUUAGUAUCAGCAAGGAGAAUGUAUGGACUGUGCAAAAGAUCGUAGUAGAGCACAACCAUUAUCUUGCCAGUCCAAAUAAGAUACAUAAGUUGAGGUCCCAACGAGAGAUUAUAGAGGCAGAUAGAAAAUUAAUUGGGCAGGCACGGCGGUCUGGAAUGAAGCCAUCCCAAGUUUUCAAUUUUAUGAAGGAGCAUUAUGGAGGGGAAGACAAAGUACCAUUUACUAAGAUGGAUUGCUAUAAUGAGAUUGGUCGCGAGUGCAG